AUGACCAAGUUGCACCAAGCAGCAGCAGCGGGGGAUUUUGAUCGAGUUGAGGAGAUUCUAAUGCAAAAUGAAUGCAAUCCAAAUCAGAGGGACAUUGACUGGAGCUACAAGACACCUCUUCACUGGGCAGCAGCUCAAGGACAUACAGAAACGGUCAGGAUCCUCAUUGAGCAUGGAGCCAGGCCGUGUCUGAGGACGGAGCAUGGAUGGACUCCUGCCCACAGUGCUGCAGAGUCCGGCCGGCUGGCUGUGCUGCGGCUGCUGCACUCCUUCCAUGCCCCUAUAGACAAGGAGGACUGCUGUGGAGACAAACCAGCACGGAUAGCCGAAAUAUAUGGACACCAUGACUGUGUUCUGUUCCUUAAUAAAGCAGAAAUUGAAUGCCAGGCCUACCGCAAAAUGGCAGCCCAGAAAGGGAUUUCAGUGGAUGACACAGAUGAGGAGUGUGCAGAACAAGGAACGGAAAAUGAAGAUAAAGCGAUCCGUAAGAGCAACAUUCAGACGUAGGCUUAACUCACCUUUAGUCCACAAAGUGUGUACAAAAGUGGCAUCCUUGUAGCCUUUUAGUUGACAUUGUUACUGUGGCUUUUAAGGGCUUCCAUACUAAUUAAAAACAUCUAAUACACAGUAUUGCUCAAACCACAUGAGCAAUAAUAUGUAAUUUAAUUUAAAGCAAAAAACAAAGAAUACAGGUUGGAAAUAUUUCCUAUUUAAAUCACGAAUAUCUACAGUGGACUUUAACUUGUGUCACAGGUAAUAAAUCAAAGUAAACAACAAUAAAGUAGUCACAUCGGUAGAGACAAUGUAGCUGCAAAGCUAUUAUCUGUGGUUUUAUAAAUGAGUUUGUUUCGAUGUAAGAGUGCACAUAUUUGAGAUGAUUCUCAAUUCCUCCAAGUUGAGUCUAACGUUGUGACGCUGUCAGUAGUCGAUGCUGGCGCCUGGAGAGCAGAGGAGAAGGAUGUGUCAAAUGAAUCAAUGAGUCAAUGUGGUAUUUUAAUUAAGAGUGAACCCAGUUGUAGAACACUUACAUUUCUCUUUAGAUGUUUCAGCAGUGCAUCACGGGUCUGUCAAAGUUGAAUUAAAACAUUAUUAAUGGUGCUACCUUGUCUGUGGUUUGUAACAUUUCUCAUUUAACUUCUGAAGUGUAACCUCUGAAGGGUGUGGUAAUUUGGAUACACUCCCUGAUUUCGGUGUA